ACUAAAAAAAUAAAAAGUUGGUAUAGUUUUCGCCGUCACCACUGAAGAAAUGCAUUUUCUUCUUCAUCAUUAUCAUCCAUAAUAAAACACCAGCUCUAUCUUCUCUUCUUCUCCACAAAAAGAGAUGCUCAAUUUAACUUAUACUAAUUUCUUGUUCAAUACGAAAAAUAUGAAAACAGAUGCUUAAUUUAGUUUAUAGUAAUUUUUUUGUUUAAUACGAAAAUCUGAAAACAGAAUUUUAAAAAAAAAGUUUAUACUCCAAUCCGGUGAUGCUUGGAGUAUUCUGUGCACGUCCUAAGCCUUGGCUAUUCGCAUCACUCUGCUUAUCACACGCCCACGGCUCAACGCCUUUGGGUUAUAGCAGACUCAUUGCGACGAGUCUUAGUAACAAAUCAUCAUCACUAAUAAUAGGUGGAGGUGGAGGAGGAGGAGGAGGAGGAGGAGGAGGAGUAGAUCAGAAACGUCACCAUUCUAGCAAUUGCCGUAUUGCAGCAUCUGUAAAUCGAGGAGUUGGUGGUGCAGCAUCGAUAUGGCAUGCGAUUCUUCCAGCUGGGAGGAGAAAUAAAAAGGUUACUAAUCGGAGGAAUAAUACGGUGUUUAAGCACCAUUAUGAGCUUGCUAAGAAGGGUGAAGGGUCUUGGAAUGUGAAUUGGGAUUCUAGGCCGGCGAGAUGGCUACAUAAUCCUGACUCUGCUUGGUUAUUGUUUGGUGUUUGUUCGUGCUUAGCAGCGCCAUCUCUUGAUCUACCAGAUGUCAAUUCUGAUGUAGCUGUACCAAUUGAUAAAAAGUCUGUUGUAAAUUCAGAUGAAGAUGAUCAAAACUCAGCCAACUAUAGAGUCACUGGGGUACCAGCGGAUGGGAGAUGUCUAUUUAGAGCUAUAGCACAUAUGGCUUGUUUAAGAAAUGGGGAGGAAGCUCCAGAUGAAAAUCGACAGAGAGAACUUGCUGAUGAAUUAAGAGCUCAGGUUGUUGACGAGCUGUUAAAGAGGCGAAAAGAAGCUGAAUGGUUUAUUGAAGGGGAUUUUGAUGCAUACGUAGAAAGAAUUGAAAAGCCAUAUGUGUGGGGAGGAGAACCGGAGCUACUAAUGGCUUCUCAUGUUCUCAAGUCCUCAAUUUCUGUCUAUAUGGUAGAUAGAAGCUCUGGCAGCUUAAUAAACAUAUCAAAUUAUGGAGAAGAAUAUAGGAAGGAGGGAGAGAGUCCGAUUAACCUAUUGUUUCAUGGUUAUGGCCACUAUGACAUAUUGGAGACAAUUUCAGAGAAGAUUCAGCAGAAGUUAGAAGAAUAAAAGCAGGCAAUGGGAAUGUGCCACCGAACUCUCUUAAUGUUUUUACUGAACCUGUGUUUGUCAUCACUCGGAACGGGUUACGGAUAUGCUUAUGCAGUCUGGAUGUGCUUGCUUACAUUAGAUUUGGGGCCUCGUUCCUCAGGGAGCAUUGGCUAGUUAAGCUUCUCUCUCGAACAAACUUCUCCCAAAUAGUUCCAUUGUCUUUAGUCUAUAGCCUUUGUGAUCUCCCUAUAUCCAGGGGCGGAGUUAGGUGGACACGAGGGGGGGUCAACUGAAUCCCCUUCGUUGAAACAUUAUACUAUCUAGGGAAAAAUAUGUUUUUUUUUCUGCUUACAUAUAAAUUGUUGAAUCCCUUGUCACAAGGGAAGAUUCUAGUAUACUGACAAAAGUGGUUCAAAAAUUGUUUUAGUUUACAAUUGUAAAUGUUAGGGUGACGUUUUACAUUUUUGAAAAUUCCCUCG